AUGUGUGAGAUAUACAAUUGCUAUCUGUGCAAACAAAAUCGGCGACGAUUUUGCGAGGACCUUCAAGUUACGGAGGAAGGUGACAGCUUUCCUGACGGACACGAGAUUUUUAACGUUCCCGACGGUACCUACGGAUGUACCACUUGCGUCUUGCUCAGUGGAGUUAUCACACAACUAAGAGCUCUGCUCUUCCGCGAACCAUGGAGGGCAUGUGGAAGCGCCCUUGAAACUCCGGAGAAGCUUCCUUGGGAAGUGGAUCAGCGCGAAGAUACUGACAGUGAAGGCGAUGGAUACUCCAGGGAAGAUCGACAGGCCAUCCGGAAAGAGGCGGAGAGGGCGGUGAGAAGGAGAUGGAAUCAGAUGAAGCAUGAACAAUCAGAUCCAAACGACCAAGAGCUGAUAGUGGCAUAUGAGAAUUUGAGCACCACCGAACCAAAGAGCAGAACCAGGCGCAGGCGCAGACGACGUGGGUUCUUUCGACGAGUGAAACAGCAGAAUACUGUUUACUUACUUACAGCAGUCAACAAAAUGUGCCGCCGUUCAGUUAGAAUGCCAGUGACAGUCAAAGCACAAGGCAACAGAAUGGCGAAGCAAGGACGAUCAAGGUCAGCCAUCAAGGCCAAGGGCGAAGAGACCAGUUCGGUCAAACACACACCAAAGCGAAAGAGAUUCACUCGGCUACCACACACACUGAUGCCAUGGAAGAUGAAGAAGAAACUCAAUACCGUCCUGGAUGGGUUCCUGAGGAUGACAUUCCCAACUUCACGCUGUCGUUGCUGCAGCAAGAAGGAAGGCCGCAUUUACUCCCAAAAAUGCGCAAACAGGUCGUACCGGUUCUUCGACCCAACAAACAUCGAGAGCUUCAAAUACGUAUAUGGGCUCCAUGGUUCUCAGGUAUACUGGCAUCGUAUCAUCGGUGAUCUCCAAGCUCAAGUGGAGCUAUUGCGGGCAAAGCAUAGGGAAGCAAGCACGCAUCUCUGUUUGGGGAAAAUGGUGAACAUUAAGGAAAUGGAGGAGACGAUCGAUUUCUGGACCAAGGCAAUCCCUCGAGCGGAGAAGCAGAUGCAGAAACAUUAUACCGACAGUUUGUGGACGGCUCCCCAACUGAACCCAGCACAAUGUUACGACAUGUGUGUAUGUAUCGUGGUACCAGGACCGAAUUGGCGUCGAGAAGGUCAGACGCGGGAUAUCUGGGUAAGGAGGAUAAGUUCGCUUUGCCUGGGGGAAGAGGGUCGAAAGGCCUCGGAUCAGGAACGCCAACAGAGGACUUUGAAAUAUGCGAGGAUGGCCAUGGAUGAUCUCCGCUUUGUGAAAACGGACGGGACAAUUCUCAGGGUGUCGAAAACGCCUUUCGACUAUAGGUGGUUCCAAUUGCGCAACGCAAAAGCGGCUGCAAGGCUUAGACGGCGAAGGAACCCAAACCCAACAGGAAAGUCGGCAGCCAGAGACUUCCUUGAUCGGGGGACAUAUCUUCACAAACCUAGCCCAUUGAGGGAGUGUUGGGUGGCGGAAGACUCGGAAGAGGAUGAGGUGGUUUUGUCUCGCUGA